AUGCUUCCAUUACAUUAUUCAAUAUUUUUUCUAACAAUAUUCUUAUAUGGCGUAAGUGGAACUGAAUCUGAUAUUACUAAAUUUACUGUACAAAUGAUUGGUUAUUCACCAAAAAAGAAUGAUGAUUAUGUAGCUGUUUCUCGUAUGGCUAUUCCAGGAUAUAUUGUGGGCUUUGAGCCUCUAGCAAAUGCGGACAGAGUACAUCAUAUGCUGUUGUACGGAUGCACAACACCGUAUGCUGACCAGUUUUGGGAAGGAAUGAAUACAUGUGGAAGGGGGGGUUCUCACAUUUUGUUCGCUUGGGCACGAAACGCACCAAACCUUGAUUUACCUAAAGGUGUUUCUUUUUCAAUAGGCCAUGAAAACGAUGGCAUUAAAUAUUUCGUCUUACAGGUGCAUUAUGCGCAGCCCUUUGCUGGAAACGUGAAGGACUAUUCCGGGGUUACUCUGCACAUUUCUCAAAAACCUACAGCAAACCUAGCUGCUGUAAUGUUGUUUGUUUCGGGUCAACCUAUACCUCCAGGCCAAGCUCAACACCAGAACAAUAUUUCGUGUGUUUAUGAAUCACCGACUGACAUUCAUCCUUUUGCUUUCCGCACUCAUACUCAUGCUAUGGGAAGAGUAGUAUCAGCAUACAACAAACACAAUAACAUCUGGGCUAAAAUUGGUGCUCGUAAUCCCCAAUGGCCGCAGUUGUUCGAAGAAGUUCAUGAUCCACUAACAAUAAAAAAUGGAGAUAUAAUGGCGGCUAGCUGUCGUUUCGAUUCUCAUGAUAAAACAAAUUGGGUUCCAAUGGGAGCGAUGGGAACAGAUGAAAUGUGCAAUUUUUACAUGAUGUUCUAUUGGGAUUCCAACAAAGAAAAUCCCUUUCCUAAAGGAGCAGUAUGUGGUGGAGAACAAGUUGACGGAGCGUUUCUAGAUUAUCCUAAAGAGGGCUUUGAAACUUUACCACCUCAUCCAGAAUGGGAACAUCACGCUCAUCAAAGCUCUACACCUUUUGGAAUAAUUGAAGAGUUUGCGUUGGGAAAGAUUGGUGAUGUUAAAAUUGGCCAAGUAGCAGGACUCGCCUUCCAAUCUAAUGGGAAUUUAAUUGUUUUUCAUCGAGCAGACAGAGUUUGGAAUGCCAACACAUUUGACAAUUAUAAUAUUUUACUGGAUAAAACACCAAUCAGAGAUAAUGUUAUUCUCGUGUUAGAUGUUUCUGGUCGUGAACCAAAGAUUGUUCAUGCCCUCGGAAAGGACAAGUUUUAUUUACCUCACGGAAUUUAUUGUGAUGAUGAUGGUUAUGUAUAUACCACAGAUGUUGGUUCACACACUGUGGCCAAGUGGAAGUUCACCGGCGGAGAUCUCGAUUUGAUUUGGCAAUUAGGACAGAACCUCAUGCCUGGUACUGAUCUCAAACAUUUCUGUAAGCCUGCAAGUAUAACUAGAGAAGGGGACAUACUUUAUGUUGCUGAUGGAUAUUGUAAUAGUCGUAUUGUGAAAAUUACUAUUGAUGGAAAAAUCCUAAAUUCUUUCGGUCUUCCCGGAAAUGGACCAACUCAAUUCCAGCUUCCCCAUGAUAUUCGGGUUAAUUCAAAGAAAAACUUGUUGGUUGCUGAUCGAGAGAACGGCAGAGUUCAAGAACUAACAACAAAUGGCGAAUACGUCCAAGAAUGGGCUUCUAGUUUGUUUAACAACAUAUAUUCAGUAGAUGUUCUGGGUGAUUACAUCUUCAUGAUUCCCGGACGCAUGAGCCUUGAAAGACAGGAUAUUGAAGUAUAUGCAGGACGAGGUGGCACUGGAUUGAUUGAGUUCGGAUUUAGCGGAAUUUCCCGAGCAUUUGGUGCUCCUCAUGUGUUGCGAGUUGAUCCAUCAGGCCAAAGUGUAUAUAUUGGCGACAUAGCUGAAGGGAAAUCUGUUUUAUGGAAGUUCAGAAUUCAAAAAGAAGGUGUAGUAGCACAUAAUGCUGCUACCGUGGCUUCUACUAGUCCGGUCUUGACAAGCUCUUCAGCUCUUCCAGCACUACUUCUUAUUGCAAUCAUAGUUUUGGGAGUCUCUUUCGUUUGUGUGAGAAAAAUACGACCAUCAAAUGGCGGUUUUGAUCGAUCAGGUUUCAAACCUGUGAGGACGGAAGAGAAUAUAUCAUUCAUAAGCGAUGACGAUAGUGAUAGCGAAUAG